AUUAGUAUAAAUAGAAUAAUGAAAAGGGAAAACUGAAAAAUGGUAACUGAAGUUGCAGGUUGGUCUUGAGUUGAGUUGAAGGGUGAGGCAGUGAAGAGCAGUAAGUAAGUAAUUUGGCGAAAAUUGCGUGAUUGAAUUCCAGUUCGUUCGGUUUCUAUUGAUUUUUGAUUGUUGACGUGAGAUAGAAGAGAAGAAUAAUACACAAAGCAAAUAGUGUUCAUCAAGUGUCAACACAAAAAUGGCGUCGUUUUCUUCUCCCGGCCUCCGUGUGUUGUUGUUGUUAUUGUUUGUGAUUGCAGCAGGCGCCGACGAUGUCCAACAAGACGACGAGAGGGCUCCCAAGUCCGAAUCCUGCAAUAAUCCCUUCCAAUUGGUCAAGGUGAAGAGCUGGGUUGAUGGUGAGGAAGGCAGUACGUAUACUGGUGUGACUGCAAAAUUUGGCUCUUUAUUGCCAGAGAAGGCUGAAAACAGUGUCAAAUAUCCUGCUGUUUUUUCUAAUCCUAUAGAUUGCUGUUCCACUUCAUUGUCACAGUUAUCUGGAUCAGUUGCUCUUUGUGUUCGUGGGGGUUGUGACUUCACAACUAAAGCUGUAUUUGCAGAGUCUGGAGGCGCUACUGGCAUGUUGGUGAUAAAUGAUGAAGAAGAUCUCUUUGAGAUGGUAUGCUCCAAUAGCACUGAGGCAAACAUUUCAAUUCCUGUUGUGAUGAUAACAAAGUUAGAAGGAGAAGAUCUCAACAAAUCUUUGGCAUCCGGAAGGAGAGUGGAAAUUUUGUUAUAUGCUCCACCAGAAACACUUCUAGACUUCUCGGUUGCAUUUUUGUGGUUGAUGUCUGUUGGAACAAUUAUAUGUGCUUCACUAUGGUCAGAUCUAACAGCUCCUGAGAAGUCUGAUGAACGCUAUAAUGAAUUGUGUCCCAAGGAAUCUUCUAACGCUGAAACAGCUAAAGAUGAUUCUGAUAAGGAAAUUGUGAACAUCGAUUCAAAGGGUGCUAUCAUAUUUGUCAUAACGGCAUCUACCUUUCUUGUGCUACUGUUCUUCUUCAUGUCAUCUUGGUUUAUCUGGGUGCUGAUUGUACUUUUCUGCAUAGGUGGUAUUGAGGGGAUGCACAAUUGUAUUAUAAGCCUCACUUUAAGUAAAUGCCGUAAUUGUGGCCAGAAGACAGUGAAUUUACCUCUGUUUGGGGAAAUUUCUAUUUUCUCGCUGGUAGUGUUAUUAUUCUGUGUGGCAUUUGCGAUUUUCUGGGCUGCUACUCGACAGAAAUCAUAUUCAUGGGUUGGCCAAGAUAUUCUUGGCAUCUGUUUGAUGAUAACAGUCUUGCAGUUGGCUCGAUUACCUAAUAUUAAGGUUGCAACUGUACUCCUUUGUUGUGCCUUUGUAUACGACAUUUUUUGGGUGUUCAUAUCUCCAGUGAUAUUCCAUGAGAGUGUUAUGAUUGCAGUUGCUCGAGGUGACAAGGCUGGUGGGGAAGCAAUUCCUAUGCUUUUAAAAUUUCCUCGUCUUUUUGAUCCUUGGGGUGGUUAUGACAUGAUUGGAUUUGGAGAUAUUCUCUUUCCUGGUUUGCUUAUUUCCUUUGCUCAUAGAUUUGAUAAAGAUAAUAAGAAGGGAGCAUCAAAUGGAUAUUUUCUUUGGUUGGUAAUUGGUUAUGGCAUUGGCCUCGUUUUCACAUAUUUGGGGCUAUAUCUGAUGAAUGGAAAUGGACAACCUGCACUCCUCUACCUUGUUCCAUGUACACUAGGUGUCACUAUUAUAUUGGGAUGGAUAAGAGGUGAGCUGAAGAGCCUUUGGAAUUAUGGCACAGACUCAUCGUUGUCCGCAGAGCCUUCUGAAGUUUAAAUGAUUGCACAAUUCAUCUUUUGAGAAUCGAAGAAAUUGAAAUGCAACAUGGGAAAUGAUCUCAGCUCAAUGGUAUGAAAUGAAUGCAUUGGUUAGGAAAGCUACCAGGUGUACAGGCUACUCUUCGUGGAGGUCUCCAUAACUAUCUUUUGUAUUAAUGAUUAAUGAGUGUUCUUUGUGUUGCGUCAUAGUUUUGUUGUAAAAUAAAGGAAAAACAAAAGGAAAUGUAGGUAUUCAAAAUUUACCUUCAUAUCGUUUCUGCCUGCUAUAGUUAUUGCUUACUACUCUUACUACUGUUAACUUUUUUUUUUUUGCUUCUGGCAAGGACAUUGAAAAUCUUUUACUUAUUUUUU